AGAAAGAACCUCGGUCUAGGAACAGUUAGCAGUCCGAGGUCAGAUCUCUCAUCUGAUCUGAAUAUGAAUCUCGAAAUUGAAUAGCAUCGUGAAUACCGCAUUAGGAAAGUCGGCUGCCAUGAACCGUGGAUCGGCAAGUGGCCGUUGAUUGGCCAAUCUUUGCUAUUUUCCGCAAUCCUUGCGAGCAUCUUUCAAGUAUAUUACUUGCGUCUUUCUCUUUCCUAAACACUACAAUGUCAAACCCUCUAGUCAACAUGACAGACACACAGACCACAGAUGUUGUCAUUAUUGGCGCCGGUAUCUCCGGCAUCAACGCCGCAUAUCGCGUUCAAUCUGCUUUCCCUAACCAUUCUUACGCCCUUCUUGAAGCCCGCGAUAAUCUCGGUGGGACGUGGGAUCUUUUUCGCUACCCCGGUAUCCGCUCCGACUCAGAUUUGUUUACUUUUGGCUUCGCAUGGCAUCCCUGGCAUCAGGAUAACCCGAUCGCCACCGGCGAAUCGAUAGCAAAGUACCUGCGCGACACCGCAGACGAAUACAAAAUCACACCGCACAUCCACUUCCAACACAAAGUCCUCGCCGCAGACUGGUCUUCCAAGGAAAACCUCUGGUCGCUUACAGUCGAGCACGAUGGCAAGACCAAGACCAUGAAUGCGCGGUUUAUCGUCUGGGGCACAGGCUACUACGACUACAACCAACCCCUGCACUCACCCAUCCCGGGCCUGGAUAACUUCCGCGGCCAGCUCAUCCACCCUCAAUUCUGGCCCGAAGACCUCGACUAUACCGAUAAGAAUAUCGCAAUCGUCGGCUCCGGCGCAACAGCUGUGACCCUGCUCCCGAACCUGGCCGAAAAAGCCCGCCUCUGCACCAUGGUCCAGCGCUCCCCGACAUACAUCCUCUCCCUCCCGAACCGCAAUACAUCCAUCUGGUCAUACUUCCUGCCCUCUUCAUGGUCGCGCAAAAUGCAGCGGAUUUCAUGGAUCUGGACAUCCCGCAUCUUCUUUCUCUUCUGCCAGUCCUUCCCCUGGCUAGCACGGUUCAUCAUGAGCAUGCGUACCAAGAGCCAGCUUCCCGCGCACAUCCCAUGGGACCCGCACUUCAACCCGCGAUAUAACCCCUGGAACCAGCGGUUGUGCGUGUCGCCGGACGGAGACUUCUACAAAGCGCUGCGCAAGGGCCGCGCAGAUAUAAAAACGGAUACGAUCGACCAUGUCACGGAGAACGGAAUGAAGUUUGCCUCGGGCGAUAGUCUCGAGAAUCUCGAUAUUCUAAUCACGGCUACCGGUCUGCGGCUGCAGAUCGCCGGCGGGGCAUCCAUUACCGUCGACGGUGAACCCAUCCAUCUUGGCGAUAAGUACCUCUGGAACGGCGUGAUGCUGCAGGAUGUUCCGAAUACCUCGUUCGUGAUCGGGUACACGAAUGCAUCGUGGACGCUUGGUGCUGAUGCGACAGCGCACUUUAUCACCCGGUUGAUGCGAUGGAUGGAAGAUAACGGUGUUGUAGCUGCGACGCCGCGCCUGGCUGAAAACACGCACUUGGAGGAUAGACGGUUGUUGAAUCUCAACUCGACGUAUGUCACCGUCGCUGAGAAGGACCUGCCCAAGGCAGCUGAUCGGGGGCCGUGGAGGCCGAGGGAUAACUAUAUCUCGGAUCUAUCGUUUGCGAAGUGGGGGAAUUUCAACCAGGGUCUUCAGGUUGCCAAAAAGAAGGACCUAUAAACUAUGUACAUUUAUGCAAUGCUAUGCUAUGCUAUGAUAGAAUGCACAUCAUCCUGGUAUACCUACUCCGCACGUGGUUACAACCUCGGCAUCUCGGCAUUCCUCUUCGCACUCCCCUCCAACCCAUAAAGAAUCUCCUUCCCCCCAGGAAUAACCAUCUCAAACGUAUCCUGCACAACCGCAUACUCAAAAUACCCACACCUAGCAAUGGGCUUCGUCUUGCGCACAUCGAUCUUCCCAUCCGUCAACACCCUAUCAUCCACAUGAACCCCCACCACUUUUCCAAUAACAACAUCCACAGUUCCCAUGGGCGGGUUCGCAGGUAACCUUAGCGUAGAAUGAUACACGCAUUCGAACUUCACCGGCGAGUCCUUGACCAUGGGUACAUCCAUCAUACUCGCAUCCUCCUUCUCCAGCCCCGCGCGCACGAACUCA